CCGGUUAUAGCCGGAGUACACGCAACAGGCGUCUGAUCAGAGUACUUACUCGCUUCGCCUACUCACAUGGACUUCCCAAAUUUCAUACUCAUAGCUCCAAAGUCACGCAACUCGUCGGAAUCCUUAUGCGAUGCUUGGUCGCGCGCCAUCGAAGAACACUUUCCUGACCCGAAUGACUCCCUUUACCGUCAUAGAGGGUAAAGUCCAGGAGGUAGAUCCUAAACGCUUGCGCUGCGAUUGUGUAGUGUCUCCCGCAAAUUCAUUUGGAAUCAUGGAUGGCGGAAUCGAUUAUCAAUUCUCUCGUAUUUUGAAGGGAAUGGGUGAUAUAUGGCACUUGACUGAUCACUGCCAGACUUACAUUCGAGACGUCUGGCAUGGUUAUAUCCCCCCUGGUUCCUGCAUGAUCGUGCCACUUCCUGAUGAUGUCACCUCAGCAGGCAACCCGUGGGACGCACGUGCCCUUGCCAUAUCACCUACGAUGCGCGUACCAGAUGAUGUCAGUUGGCACCAAGAUCUUGUUUAUAAUGUCAUGUGGUCUCUUUUGGUGCAACUCGACCGGUGGAAUAAAGCCUCUGAUGCGGAGGGCCAUGUUAAGAUUCAGACAGUUUUGAUGACAGGAUUUGGCACGGGUACCGGAGGCAUUGAUGUGGACAAGUGCGCACAGCAGAUGAUGCUUGCGGUGAAACAUUUCCGUAUGCCUUUGGCUGACCACGUGCGUUGGAGUUCCGUAGAACAACGCGUAAGGGAUGUCCUAGGUACUAUAGACCGCUAAAAACGCAAUUCUGUUGUCAACGCUAGGCUAGGACCCUAGGACCCUUUGUAGUACUCACAUUAUCAGUAGCAGCUCCCAUCUUGGUCUUUGCGGGAGCUUCCCUUGCCCUGAAUUAAAUAGAUUGCCC